UGCUCAAUAGAACUUUUUUACUCAGUGCCUUUACAACUUUUUCUCCUCCGUGUUUAAACGCCAGUUUAGUUUAGUGGACUGAGUGGGUCGUCGGUGACCUAGUCAGCUGCUCACACUUAUCUGUAAACUCCCCGCUCUGACUCUUUCUAUACGUGCAGUUGUAUGAAUGUGUGAGUGUUGGUUUCCUGCAUGAAUCCUUAAUGCAGACCACGUGGUGUGAGAGCAGACUGCAGCUUCUUUUGUUCAAAUCAAUCAAAGGGAGACGGCAGAGAGCUGCUGAAUCAGGAAAUCACCGCUUCAGAUUGAAAAAUGCCACGUAAGAAGGUGACAGAUGUCUCAGGGAAUGGUGGGAUGAAAAAGAAGAGGGCCAGCGGAAAAAGGAAAGAGAGGGACUUCAGUAGCGACGAUGAGUUUGACUACGAACAGGAGAACAACAAGAAACCUGGCAAGCCUGCUGCCAAGUCUGGUCUGCAGCCUGUCACUGUGGCCGACGACAUCAAGGAGAAAAUAAAACUUGAGGGUUCCAAGGUUAAAGGUCAACUGCUUAUUUUUGGGGCAACCAACUGGGAUUUGAUUGGAAGAAAGGAGGUGCCCAAACAACAAGCUGCUUUCCGCAACCUGGGCCAGAAUCUGUGGGGUCCCCACCGCUAUGGCUGUCUGUCUGAUAUCCAGGUUAGCUGUGUGGUGGCUGGUCCCUGUGCUGCACACAGUCUCCUCAUGACCACUGAGGGCAAGCUGUGGAGCUGGGGUCGUAAUGACAAAGGUCAGCUGGGUCAUGGAGACACCAAGCGUUUGGAAGCUCCCAAGUUAAUUGAGGCCCUGGCAGAUCAUGUGAUUGUUGCCGCCGCCUGUGGACGCAAUCACACCCUGGCUCUCACAGAGGAUGGCACUGCAUACUCUUUUGGUGAGAACAAGCUUGGCCAACUCGGCCAAGGCAACCAGACUGAUGCAGUCCUCAGCCCAGCAACAAUUUCCUACAAUGGCCAGCCGCUGGUGAAGGUGGCUUGUGGUGCUGAAUUCAGCAUGGUGGUGGACUGCAAAGGAAACCUGUACUCCUUUGGCUGCCCAGAGUAUGGACAGCUAGGUCACAACAGUGAUGGGAAGUUCAUAGCUCGUGCCCAGCGCAUCGAGUUUGACUGUGAACUGAUCCCCCGCCGCGUCGCCAUCUUCAUCGAGAAGUCCAAGGACGGCCAGGUCAUGCCCGUGCCCAACGUGGUGGUCCGAGAUGUGGCCUGUGGGUCUAACCACACGCUGGUGCUGGACUCUCAGAAGCGAGUGUUCAGCUGGGGUUUUGGUGGUUACGGACGUCUGGGUCACACAGAACAGAAGGAUGAGAUGGUUCCCCGAUUGGUCAAACUCUUUGACUUUCCCGGACGCGGUGCCGCGCAGAUCUGUUCAGGCUACCAGUGUUCCUUCGCUGUCAGUGAGAUGGGGGGGCUGUUUUUCUGGGGGGUGACGAACACCUCCAGAGAGUCAACCAUGUACCCCAAAGCUGUGCAGGAUCUGUGUGGCUGGAAGAUCCGUAGUCUGGCAUGCGGGAAGAGCAGCAUCAUCAUCGCUGCAGAUGAGAGUACGAUCAGCUGGGGCCCCUCGCCCACAUUUGGAGAGCUGGGAUAUGGAGACAACAAACCCAAAUCCUCCACCACCGCCCAGGAGGUCAAGACUCUGGAUGGUGUUUACAUUGAGCAGGUGGUGAUGGGCUACUGUCACUCUCUGGUGAUUGCCAGACAGGACACUGAGGCGGAACAGGAGAGACUGAAAAAGCUGCCUGAGUACAACCCCCGAACAAUCUGAUUGGACCUCCAACAACACCUGAACCUCGUUCACCGGAGCAGAGACCAGCGACGUUCCUGCUGGUGUACUAGUGGGGCAGGUUGAGUUCAGGUGGAGGUGCUCAGAGUCCAAAGGAUAUCCACACGUCAACUACCAGCAAACUGGCUCUACACCAAUUUGGACACUGAAAUCAGAGAAAAUGGGACUGGAGGCGGCAGAUUCUGGACGGUCCAGCUCUCACAAUGAACGGUCACGAUAUCUUCACUUCCAACCUCGAGUAAACCUGCAACAGUUUGCUCCAAGCACUUCACACCUAGUAGAGUUGCGUGUCCCAAAAACCUUUUCCAUUUUGUAAUACAGCCAAACAUUCAUGUAUUGUUCUGUUGUUAUUUUCUCUGUUGCAGUUUAUGAAAUGAUAAAGUUGUUUGUCACAUUUUACGGGUGCUACGACGGGACCCUCAGUCUUUUCCUACUGAGGGCUUUUCAAAGACCAAUACUCCAUACCUGUGCCUUUUUCUACGUGUAUGUUCAGGAUAUGGAAGUGUUAUGAGGAUCAGCUGAUCACUCUGGUGUCGUGGAUAUGAGCAGGUGUGUGUGCAGCUGCCACAGAUUACAAUCACUCGAUGGUUACAUUCCUUUUGUUAUCUUCAGUGUUUGCAUCAAAGAUGCACACCUCAGUCCUUCCAAGACUACAGUGUUUGUUAGAUCUUUUCUUUGCUAAUUUCAGUAAUGUUAACUAUUCCAGCGCUCAAAGCGGUUUAAGAAGCAGGUCAGAACUUUUAGAACUGAAAAUGCACUGUCUGAAAAUCUACCGAGGUGUGCUGAGAAAUGAAGGCAUGUCGUCGUUUUAAACAGCAGAAGUGUUUUCUCCUUCCUGUACUGCAUUCUUUUUUAUGGUGAAAUUUCUCUGGGUUACUUUGUUUUUUUUUUCAUUGAAAUGGUUAAAUAAAGGUUCAUGUGAAUUGA